GGCCUGUCUCCCGUCCUGGUUAAUGUUAUUCCCAGCAGUAAGAACCAGGAGCACGGCGCCAAACAACAACACUGGCGUCCACGACCCGCUGCCCCAGUACAUCAUCCCGGUCGGACUGAUCCCCAUUCAGAGUGGAGGAGAAACGCCAAACAACCAAAUCGCAAAACUACUGCCCUCUACUGGUGCAGGUGAGAGAAGACGCUAGACUCAAAAUCCGAAGAAUGUAUUCUGAAUGUGAGAUAAACUUUAACUUGCAUAUAUAUAUAUAUGAUAAAUAUAACUGAGUGUGUUGAGUGAUCUAUUAAUACCGACCAACCAAAAAUGACAAAUAAUUUGUAGAGCACAACAUAUAAAAUGAGCGAAAUGAUUUAUACGGCCUUUUCACUAGUCACUUUUAAUCCCUGCCUGAUGUUCCGUGGGCACAUGGAGGUGGCUUUUGUAUAGCAUCUGCCUGGCCCAUGACAUUGUAUCUGUGAGGCACACACUGGUUGUGUUCUAUACUCAUUUAAAGUGCAAUAAUAACCACUCUUCUUUCUCUCCACAGAUGAAGCUUCGACAUUGGCCUGCCGUCAGAUUUAAUUUUUAGAUGCUGCCCAUGUGGCAGUUGGGUUAAAUUUUACUAAACACUCUAAAUCUCGACCCUCCAUAACUCUACUUGCUUAUACGAUAAUAUGAUAAAAAUAGAAACGUGCUUUGUUUACGUUGACGUUGAUACUUUGAUUUGAUUGGUGUGAAGCCAAGGGCCCGAUGGCUUCCCUUGGAACCCUGCUGACUAAUCACAGGAGGGCAGUGUCAUGACGAGACUCAUAGAGAGAUCAUCGAACAGCGACGAUGGACAGGAAGACAUUGUUUUCUUUGCAGACUCAAUUGACCCCUGCUUCCAACAUGAUGGCCGACAGGGAGUUCUUCACCGAGGUGACCAGGCUCGUCCCCGCCCCCCCUACUGAGGCCAAACCACCGGGCCUUAACCCCCGCUACCCUCGUGGGUCUAGGCUGCCCCGGUUGGCUGCCCCAGCUGGUGGCAGCAACGAGAGGCUCGUCCUCCGCCCCCCUACUGAGGCCAAGCCGCCGGGCCAUAGCCCCCGCUACCCUCGUGGGUCUAGGCUGCCCCGGUUGGCAGCCCCAGCUGGGGGCAGCAACGAGAGGAUCAACCUCCGCCCCCCUACUGAGGCCAAGCCACCGGGCCAUAGCCCCCGCUACCCUCGUGGGUCUAGGCUGCCCCGGUUGGCUGCCCCAGCUGGGGGCAGCAACGAGAGGAUCGUCCUCCGCCCCCCUACUGAGGCCAAGCCACCGGGCCAUAACCCCAGCUACCCUCGUGGGUCUAGGCUGCCCCGGUUGGCUGCCCCAGCUGGGGGAAGCAACGAGAGGAUCGUCCUCCGCCCCCCUACUGAGGCCAAGCCACCGGGCCAUAACCCCAGCUACCCUCGUGGGUCUAGGCUGCCCCGGUUGGCUGCCCCAGCUGGGGGCAGCAACGAGAGGAUCGUCCUCCGCCCCCCUACUGAGGCCAAGCCACCGGGCCAUAACCCCAGCUACCCUCGUGGGUCUAGGCUGCCCCGGUUGGCUGUGGCUGAGGAGGCUGACGGCCAGGAAGCCUGGAUCACGGCGGCCCACUCCGACACCGUGUCCCCCCGUGCACUGGCUCUGGGUGCCGCCUCGAGCCAGGAGACUUCCCCGGGCCAAACCCCCCCAGAAGUGGCUGACCCUGACCACCAUCGUGGGGUUAGGCUGCCCCGGUUGGCUGCCCCAGCCGCUGGCGCCAACGACAGGAUCGUCCUCCGCCCCCCUACUGAGGCCAAGCCACCGGGCCAUAACCCCAGCUACCCUCGUGGGGCUAGGCUGCCCUGGUUGGCUGCCCCAGCUGGUGGCAGCAACGAGAGGAUCGUCCUCCUCCCCCCUACUGAAGCCAAGACACCGGGCCAUAACCCCCGCUACCCUCAUGGGGUUAGGCUGCCCCGGUUGGCUGAGGCUGACGGCCAGGAAGCCUGGAUCACGGCGGCCCGCUCCGACACCUUGUCCCCCCGUGCACUGGCUCUGGGUGCCGCCUCGAGCCAGGACACUUCCCCGGGCCAAACCCCCCCAGUGGAUCCAACAGGUCCUCUGCUGGCCGCCCCACUGAGCCGCCGUCGGGCGCUCGGAGGCGCCGAGGCGGACCUCCCUGGGACGGAGCACUCCCAGUCCGGUCACGGCCAGAGGUCCCAGGCCCCAGGCAGCCCGCCGGCCUCUGAUGUUCCUGAAGGCGUGGUGGGCAGAGGUAAGUACUCGUUCAGCCCGUUUCCCCCUGUGCAGGAGCCUCUGAGGAACGUCAGGAUCCAGCAGGAGAAGCUCCGGGGCCAGCCCCCCCACCAGGCAGGGGAAGAGGCCGGGCCCUCUGGGAAGCAGCAAAAAAACGGGGGCCGCUGUUUCCCCAACCAGAGCCUGACCGCUGAGCCCAAGCUGGAGGAGAAGCUGUUGGAUAGCAGAGAUGAGCCGGCCCAGGGCUCCCUCAGCGGCCCCCAGCGAGACCCAGCAGAGCCCCCCAGGCCCCGCCCCUUUGCCAAACCUGAGCUGGCCAUGACACAGAGCCUCACUCUCAUCAGCUCAGAGAACUGGGAGGAGAAGACUGAAGGGCUCAUGGUGCUGCGCAGUCUGGCCCAGAACCACGGGGACACUCUGCGCCCCAGGCUCCGCGACGUCUGCCUCGCCCUCGUUCAAGAGGUGAAGAACCUGCGUUCGGGCGUGUCCCGCGUAGCCGUGUGCACGCUUGGCGUCCUGUACUGCCACCUGCAGCGGGACAUGGACAAGGAGGUGGACACCACGGCCAGGGCGCUGCUGCACAAGGUGGCCGAGAGCAACGCCUUCAUGCGGCAGGAAGUGGACGCGGCGCUGGGCCACAUGGUGCGUCACUGCACGCCGGCACGCUGCAUCAACGCCUUCCUGGACGGGGGUUUGAGCCACCUGAGCGCGGUGGUGAGGAAGUGCGCCGCCCAGCACCUGGCCGACCUGCUGGAGAGGGUGGGCGUGGCCCGCCUGCUGUCCGGAGGGAAGGACGUGACGGACAGAAUCCUCCCGGCCGUGGUCAAGCUGGCCCUGGACUCCUCCCAGGGACCCAGGUCCUUUGGCCGCCGGAUGUUGCUGUUCCUGUCCUCCCACCAGGACUUUGAUAGCAUGCUGGUGAAGUACAUCCCCACCAAGGACCUUUCCGCCGCCCGCAAGACGGUCAGCGGACUCAAGGCAAAGGGUCAGGGUCAGGGUCUGGGUGAGACGCCCCAGACCCCACCCUCGCUUCCCGGCAGUGGCACCGUCAGGGCCUCGACGCUCAAAAGGAAGCUCCCGAAACCGACCAUAGCCCCCAGCCCCGCCACCACCACCGCCACCCCGACCAACACCUCCACCACCACCCCCAGGGAGCCCAACAGCAAGUACAGCUCCAAACCUCUGGGUCACAUAAUCGAAGACCAGGCUGAGUACAUCAGGCAGCUCACCGCUCUGCUGGAGUCCAAGGAGUUCAGGGAGCGCAUCAAAGGCCUCGACCAGCUGGUGGCCGACUGCCAGGACAACCCCAGCAUGGUCAUCCGCAGCCUGUUCCCGGUGUUCGACGCCUUCAGAGACCGCCUGCAGGAGUCCAACCGUAAGGUGAACCUGUACGCCUUGGAGGCCCUGCAGGAGAUGGUGCGCCUGCUGAAGGACGACCUGUCCGGGGUUCUCAACCACCUGGUGCCCGCCAUUGUGGACAACCACCUCAACUCCAAAAACCGCGCUGUGUACUCGGCCGCCACAGGGGCCCUCUGCGAGCUGGUGCUGAACCUCGACAGCAGCCUCCUCCUGGAGCCGUUCUGCUUCAAGGCACGGGCUCUUAGCGGCCAAGCAAAGGUGGAUCUGAUCGGGAAGGUUGCAGAGCUGGUGACGGAGCUGUACCCCCGCCGGCCCCAGCUGGUGGAGCAGAAGGCGCUGCCCCUGCUGUGGUGCCUGCUGGGCCCGUCCAGCGGCAGCGUGCACCGGGCGACCACCAGCCUGUGCCGAGCCCUCCACCAUCAGAUGGGGCCCGGCCUGCGGCAGAGCGCCGCCUCCCAGCCCCCGAGCGUCGGCAGGGACCUCAACCAGCUGCUGAGAACCAUGUCCUGAAUAAAAAAUGAUGUAAGGACGGGAACGAGAAGAGUCACUGCCCCCGAGCGUCGGCGGGGACCUCAACCAGCUGCUGAGAACCAUGUCCUGAAUAAAAAAUGACGUAAGGACGGGAACAAGAAGACUCACUGCUCUCUUUGCACUUUUACAGAAAAAAAAAUAUUUCCACUAUAAAAUGAUGCAGAAACGCCCCUGAACGUAACCACAGCUAUGACACCAUCCUUGAGUGGCCAAGAUAAUACUUCAAUUUCUGGAGUCAAUGUGGGCGGCUGGAUGUCAAGAUCGCUCCGUGCUUGGAGGUAGAGGUCGAUUUUUGCACCCUUCAGAUUCAAGGCCACUAUACAGACGCGGUCUAUAAUGCAGGCAGAGCAUCGGCGACUGAGGACAAUGAAUUUGCGGGUCUCUGACUAAAUCAUCAAAUCCAACAUGGAAACAAACAUGUUGAGGUUCUUUGCCAGGAACAUUCUGGGCGCACCAGAGUGUUCAUGUUGCAAGAGUUCUGGAGCAGGACCCAUUGCCACUCUGUUCGCCAGUUACUAAAACAAUAGUUCCCUGUACUGGCAGAGAAAAACUGGAACAAAAAACAGCUGAUAAAAAAAAGGGAUAAAUACGACCAGGAAACUGGGAGAAUAUAAACAGACCCGAGAACCAGAAAUGUCAGGCGUGGUAACAGGACAGGCGCUUCCAGAGGCUCCUACCUACAGACCAUCUGAGAAAAAAAACAUGAAAGGGCCAACUUAAAUCGAAAAGGGAAACACAGGUGAACAAAUUAAGUAAUUUAAACAGGUGGAGACAAUUCAGGGUAACAAUUCUACAGGAGAGGGAGAAGCAGGACAUCUACAUGACAAGCAACAUCAGAACAGAAUUUGAGGUUGGCAAUAGCUUGUCUGCAUAUUUACUUUAAAUUCACUUUGUUUGUUUUAUUCCCCCGGGAAAAAGAGUACCAAUCUAAUCGAUCGGUACUCAACACCAAGUCAUACAGUAAUUCAAUGAUGGUUGAGACACAAUCUGUCUUUUUUCUUCCCAAAUAUAUACAGUACAUGCUGGGAUAGCAGAGAGGCUCACAAGUCAUUUCCUGCGAGUUCAAGUAGAGCUUCAAGUCUCAAGUCACGUAUUUCACACUCGGCCUGGCCGUCGUGGCCCCUCUGUCUGGCCUUGAUGCCCUUCUGAAAUUCAUAUGCCCAUCGGCCCCUCGGGCCCCGCACUCUGCCUGUUUUUUUUUUUUUCAUUCCCCGGCCCUGUCCCUCUUCUAGGGCUGGUGACUGUAACCCGGUAUUAAACGGAAUUAUUACAGCAUGGAUCAGCUCGACGUACCCAGUUGUUGCUGUCGGUAUUUGAGAAAUUAAGGACAAACAUAUUUUAUUUUAAUUUAGGAGAGAUAAACAUUGCUUUAGUUAUAUAACUUUCAUUAGGAAAGUCAAACUAUGGGAGGGGAUAUGUGAGGAUGUUUCCCACGCUUGAUGCCUAUCUUGGUACCACUGAUGAAGGUAGAUCGGUCCAAUUUGACAAUGAUUUCAACCAGUUCCCUUAUAUUGAGGCAAAGUCUGGAUUGGGUAAGGAACCCAUAAAGUGGGAAUGAAAGCAGCACGCUUCCUGCUAAAUCGCAGGCAAAUCUGAUGGAUUUGUCCUCUGACCAUGGGCUAAAGAUGGCACAUACGGAAAGGUCAUUGAGCUGGGAAAACGUGCACUGCAUGACCUUUGGCCUUUUGGAUCUACUUAUGUGUGAAUUGACGUUCUCAGCUUUGACUCUCAUCAAGACCAAGCAGAGCAGGCUGAAUGUGGAGAAAGGACUGGUGAGAGCUUGAGCCACACUGCCUCCAGAAUGAUCAAAGCUUAGUGAAGACAAAGCAGCUCAAGUGUCUCAUUAACUCAAGAUACUGAUUAAAGGAGUUGAAACUGAAACUGAAUCUGAAAAUAAUAUUUUCACUCAAAAUAAGUGUAAUCCGUAGUGUUGAAUGCUUAAAAUAUGAGUUCACUAGAACAAAUUGAGAAGAAUCCUCGAUAUGCAUGAAUCAGGGGUACUUCUGGCACGGCCACACGGCUCAAGGGGUACAAGACAAAAGGUGGGGGAGCACUGCUCUAGGUUAUCUCUUGUUACUAAGCUUUGGAAAAUGAAUUAGACAUUAGUGUUAUUCUCAUUAAUGUAUUCAUAUAUAAUAAAUGUUUAAACUGA